AUGGCAGUGAAUAUGAAGAUCACACGGAAGGCAGUGCUGAAGCCUUCACCGGAGUCAGCAUGGGGCGGCGCCAAGAAGGUUCCCAUCACCGUCUUCGACCGUGCCUCCACGGAUGGGUACAUCCCGACGGUCUUCGCGUGGAGGGCGCCGGCACCUACCAACGGCGCGCUCAAGGACGGCCUCCUCGCCACCGUCGCAAGGUUCCCGCACCUCGCAGGGAGGUUCGCCGUCGAUGACUACGGAAGGAAGUGCCUCCACCUCAACAACGCCGGGGUGCUCGUCAUUGAGGCUACUGCCGGGGCGGACCUCGCAACAGUAUUGGCGCACGACGCCUCCGCCCAUAUUGCCGAGCUAUACCCAAAAGCGAAGAAGGAACAUGCGGACGAGCCUAUCUUCCAGGUGCAGCUGACGCGGUACACCUGCGGCGGGCUUGUGAUCGGCAUGGCCAGCCAUCACCAGGUCGCCGAUGGCCAGUCCAUGAGCGGCUUCUCCGCCUCCUGGGCCAGCGCCGUCCGCACUAACUCCUCUGCCCUCCCGUCGCCGUUCCUCGACCGUGGGGCCACCGACAACCCCCGCAGCCCGCCAUUGCUGUCGUUCAACCACAGACGCAUCGAGUUCAAGGGCGAGCACAGCUCCAGCCGCUCCUACAGAGUGCUCCCCUUGGAUAGGAUCAAUAACCUGGCAGUGCACUUCCCGGGCGAGUUCGUUGCCGAGCUCAAGGCCGGCGUGGGCGCGCCAUGCACCACGUUCCAGUGCCUCCUUACGCACGCGUGGAAGAAGGUCACUGCAGCGCGUGACCUGGCCCCGGAUGAUUUCACGCAGGUGAGGGUCGCCGUAAACUGCCGAGGCCGGGCCAAGCCUCCGGUGCCCAUGGACUUCUUCGGAAACAUGGUCCUCUUGGCAUUCCCGAGGAUGCAGGUCCGCGAUCUCCUAUCCGCCAGCUACCCCGCCGUGGUUGGCGUCAUCCGUGACGCCAUUGCGUGCGUGGAUGACGAGUACAUCCAGUCGUUCGUGGACUUCGGGGAGGCGCAGCACGACGUUAAACUAGCAUCCACGGCGGCAACGCUCGGCAUGGCGUUCUGCCCUGACCUGGAGGUGGAUAGCUGGCUCGGGUUUGGCUUUCACAACCUUGACUUCGGUGGUGGGCCGCCGUGCGCCUUCCUGCCGCCGGACCUUCCCAUCGAUGGAGUAAUGAUCUUGGUGCCGUCCUGCGCAGCCAAGGGUGGCGCCCAUCUGUUCGUGGCUCUUGACAACGAGCACGUAGAAGCCGUCAAGCAGAUUUGCUAUUGCAUAUCAAGAUGGCAACGGCCCCCGAAACCCGCAUCCCCGCGGGCCAACAUGUUUGACUCGGCCCUUACAGGUCGGACCAGGCGGCAGGAGGAGACGCGCUACACGAUCAGAGCGUUGCUAGCCGUUGCUCUCGUGGCUUGUGGGACCCAGCAGAGAGCCGUUGUUCUCGUGGCUUAUUGGACACAGAAGAGAACCGUUGCUGGCCACGGGUGUGCGAUAAAAGCUGCGGCGCGCGCCCCCGACGCUCGCAACGGUGAGCAACGAAUCAGCCGAGCGGGGGACGGGGUUGGAGGCGGACACGUGCAGAGGUGGGCGACGACCAUUGUUGGUAGCCAGGAGCCGGGCGCGGGCGACCGAGAGGGCGGCAUUAAGAUCCCCUUCAUCUCUGGGCGGUGGGAAGAUUGUUGUGGAGGGCGCGGCGGCGUUGAGUUCCCCUUCGGCUCCGAGCUCAACGUCUUCUUCUAG